UUUUGCAGCGCCCUCUGCAGGCAAUAAUCAGAUUCUAAUGGCGGCCGUACAAGAAAAAUGAUAGACGAAGGGCCAGGUUCGCUUUCUGGGGGACAGGGGAAUCCGAUGAUGUCUGGAGGGCCGGGUAUGACGUCUAGACAACAGCAAGAUGAAUCAAACCAAAGAACACAAUACUCUAUGCCGGGUAUUUUGCACUUUCUUCAAACGGAAUGGGCCCGUUUUGAGAUGGAACGAAGUCAGUGGGAAGUUGAAAGAGCGGAAUUACAGGCAAGGAUUGCUUUCUUACAAGGGGAGAGAAAGGGACAGGAGAAUCUGAAGCAGGAUUUGGUUAGAAGAAUCAAAAUGUUAGAAUUUGCGCUAAAGCAAGAAAGAGCAAAAUACCACAAACUGAAAUAUGGUUCUGAAUUGAAUCAAGAUGAACUGAAGCCCCCAAGCUUUGACAAAGAUUCUGCCGAUGAAGUAAUAGAUACAAAUCCAGUGGCAGCACCAGCAAGUAGUGCUACCUGGAGACAAGGGAGGCAACUCCUUAGACAAUAUUUACAAGAGAUAGGAUACACUGACACAAUUAUUGAUGUACGUUCAGCGCGAGUUCGCUCCCUGCUGGGACUUCAACCUCAGACUGACACCGGUGAAGGCGCACAGCCUGCUCUAGUCAACGGAGACAGUAUGAACAACAGAAGAGCCAUUGAUCAAGGAAAAGCCAGAGGUUCAGGAAAGAUGCCUGCAUCACUAGUCGAGGGGGCUCUCAUGGACAGUGAGGCGUCCGUUCUCGCUACUUUUGAUUUCCUAGCCAAUGAAAAUGUUGUCGAUGAUGAUGACGAAAAUUUAAGUGAUGAGAAUGAGGAGGGUAUAUCAGCUGAAGAUGAGGCAGAUGAACGGAUAGAAAAGAACAGGGGCAAGAUAGUGACUGCUGGUAUAGAAGGUAUGGCUGGUGUGGAUGAUGAAACUGAGGAAGUGCUAGCAGAAUUUGACUUCUUGGUGUCCGAGGCUGGUGAGGGCGCAGGAGAGGCUCAAAGUCAUGGGGAUGGGCCUGAAUGGGAAGAUGAUGAAGAUGAGGAUGACGAUGAUGAUGACAAUUUUAAUGAUGUAGAUCAUGAAGACGAAGUUAAGAAAGAUCUCGGCUCUCCGAACGAAGAGUGGGGUGUUGACCAGCAGCUUAUAUCUAAACUUAAAGAAGAAUACAAAAAAGAGCGGAAGGGAAAGAAAGCAAGGCCAAAACGUUCGACAUUACAAGCUAUGUUAGCCAAUCUGACCGAAGCGGAUGAUUUAUCAUCGUCCCAGACUGGCGCGGCCAGCUCAAACCAGAAUAGCAUGUCUGAAGUAGAUGACCUCGCUGGUGUACAGAGUGGUGGAAACUUACAGAGUGGCAAUAGAAAGCCUGUGAUAGGAGUAAAUAGUAAUGAGGAGGACCUUGAUGCAGCAAUAGGAGUUGGUCUCGGUGAACUAGCUGAGAUCACUGUAAACAAUGAUGCUGAUCCUGGCAACUAUGAUAUAUCUGCCCCAACAGAAGUCUUUAGAAAGACAUGGAAUGCUAAAUACACGUUACGGAGCCAUUUUGAUGGUGUAAGAACGCUAGCGUUUCACCCUGUAGAACCUGUGUUAAUAACUGGAUCAGAAGAUCAUACAUUAAAACUGUGGAACUUACAGAAAACUGUACCCGCAAAGAAGGCAGCUUCAUUAGAUGUAGAGCCAGUGUAUACUUUUCGUGCGCACGUGGGCCCUGUACUGUGUCUAGCAGUAAGUGCCUCAGGAGAGCAGUGUUACAGUGGCGGAAUAGACUCAUCGAUUAGAUGUUGGAAUAUACCUAGUUCAAAUAUAGAUCCUUAUGAUUCUUUCGAUUCUAAUGUUUUACAAGACACAAUGGUUGCCCAUACUGAUGCAGUGUGGGGACUGUCAAUACACAACACAAAAAGUCAGCUUUUAUCAUGUUCAGCUGAUGGAACGGUACGGCUGUGGAGCCCAGGAACAAAAUCCCCACUUCUCAACACCUUCACUGUUGACAGUGAAGAUGGUGUGCCAACAUCAGUGGACUUUGUGCGUUGUGAUCCUGGCCAAAUGGUGGCCGCUUAUACCUCAGCUAACACCUAUCUCUUUGAUUUAGAAACCAAUAAACAAGUACUAACAUUAGAAACUAAACAAAAUAAUGAUGCUGGAACAAACAAUCAAAUAAAUUGUGUGGUAAAUCAUCCAACACUACCCAUCACAAUAACUGCACAUGAAGAUCGGCAUAUUAGAUUCUUUGAUAUAAAUACAGGAAAAAUGAUUCAUUCAAUGGUAGCUCAUUUAGAUGCUGUGACAUGUUUAGCAGUGGAUCCCAAUGGACUUUAUCUUUUGUCAGGGAGUCAUGAUUGUUCAAUAAGACUGUGGAAUCUAGACAGUAAAACUUGUGUACAAGAAAUAACUGCACAUAGAAAAAAGUUUGACGAGUCAAUACACGCUGUAGUGUUUCACCCUUCGAAACCGUACAUAGCGAGCGCGGGGGCGGACGCUUUAGCGAAAGUGUUUGUAUGAUACGAGUCACAUGUAUAUAUUCUAGGAUCUUCAAAUUAUUUCAUGUAAAUAGUCAUCGGACAAAAGACCACUAGGCGUUCUCUGCCGUGUGUAAUUUAAAAAAUUGACGAUAGAUAGUUUUGAUGGUCAUGCAUGUCUUUUAUAUACCGACACCUGAAACGGUAGUUCUGGUUUUUACGGAAACUAGGAAUCAAGUCAAAUGUUAAUGUAUGCUUCGAAAACUGUUGAAACAUGGAUUGGAAGAAUAUGAAAAUCUUAUUUUUUGUGAAGAGAAGAGGAUCUGUGCCAGGGAGACAGUUUAAGGAUAACUGAUCGAAGUUCGGAAAAACUUUAUGCUGUGAACAUUGUUCUGGGUGUAGUGAAAAUAAUAAGAUGCAAUUUGCGUACAAGUCCGAAUGAAAUUAACUAGUAUAAAGGAAAAGACAAAUUAUAUCCAUUAAUUAACACAUAUACAAUGCAGAUAUUUAAAUAAAUAUUUAAUAUGGGAAAAGAAUAUCUAUUAAGUCAUAUUGUUUCAUUUAUAAACUAAGUUAUUAUCAAAAUGUAGAAGAAUUAGUGUAAACCUGUGAAAUUUGAUGAAUAGGUCUAAAAAUAGAUUUUCUCUAUAUAUAUUGAUUUAUGUAUAGAAUAUAGAUUAAAGAAAUUAUCGAAAAAUCACUAAUUCACUAAAAUCAUUUGUAAUAGUGAAUCAUUCAUUUCAUAAUACACCAUGUCACCCGUAUAAAAAGAAUCAUGUGUUAAAAAUUGGGAAACAUUAUUUUUUAUUAGCAUACAUGUUACAAGAUUGAGGAUUAUCAACCAAAGCUGUAUGUGGUGAAAAUGAUGUUAUGUGAAAUAGCUAGUUCAGCAGUAAGACAGUACCUCUAGAAGCUAUGGGUUUAAAGUCAAUCAGUGUGCCUGCGUUUUAAUUUAUGACACAUUGUUUUUACUAAUUCAUGAUGAUAGGCUAUUGUUAUCAUAAUUCAGUUUGAAAAUAGAGGCAGAAAACAGAAAUACAGAGUGCAUACUUUUGGUAAAUGACCGUUAUUUAGUGGAAUAUUUCAAAUGAAAUUAUUGGACCUUUGUUGUGUUUAUAAUGGAAUACACAGUUUAAAUUUUAAAACCCUGUUAGCAAUUACUUAAAUAUAUUGAAAUACCAUUUUUUUAAAUUUGCUCGGAUUUAUCAGUAAUGGUUCCUUGGCAAAAAAAUUGAAAAUUUCUCCGCCAGCUUGUAAUAAAAGGUAUGGAAGUGGUUUUUAAUGCCAUUAUACCUUGGUCUUGUAUCGAUGUGAAGAGAAAUGGUAACAGUAACAGAUUUUAUAUGUUGAUGUGAUGUAUGUACUAUUUAUUUAUCAAUCAUCAAUAUCAUCACCUUAGUGCAAUAAUGAGUUAACUCGUAUUGAAUUAAAUAAGGAGUUAACCCGUUACUGCACCAAGAUGAUGAUAUAGCCUUACAAUGUACUAGCCAACAUUAAGAUGUAUAUUUUCUAUGAUAUACGUAUAUAUAUAUACAUAAAUAUAUAUAUAUAUAUAUUACAUUAUUCAACUGGUAAGAAAUACCAUUAACAGUAUCUGUUAGUGUGUCUGUACAGCUUUUAUGAUUUACUUUGUGUGAAAUGAUAUAUAUUCAGGUGUCUUUAAUUGAUUAAAGUGUGUGAGCUUAUAUUAUAAAUGGUCAUGCUGAUGGGUCAGAUCACUUGGUUACAUGCUUCAAACAAAACUGCAUAAAUCUUGAAUCUGGCUGUACUGGUUAUUAACAAAAGAAUACAUUUUAUACAAAAAGAGCUUUAGUAAGCAACUCUAAAGAAUUUUAAAAAAGUGUUCUUGCAAAACUUAACAGUUUAAAGGUUGUAAAGUAAAAUAAGUAUAAUAUUAUUGUGUGUAUUUGGUUGGUAUUGAGAUUUUUGUGGAUAUAAUUACAGUACCCAGUAAAAUUGGCUAAGAAUAGCUGCUGAAGUUGAAAUCUGUUUAAAGGCACAUUAUGCCUCAGGAAUAUAUAUUUCUUUUCAAUUUUCUUGAAAUGUCAAACAUGUGUUUAAUUUGUUUUAAUAAUGGAUUUACAGCAUAUUAAAUGACAGUCAACUGAAGGAAGUAGCACUGAUCGUGCAGUAAUGUGUCAUAAAGGUAGCAAUAUGUAAACAAAAUAGUAUUUUGACUUCAGUACAAAAUAGUUAUUCACUAUAAUUAUACCAACUGCAAACAGAGCAAAAGAAGCAACAAAUAGUUCAACUAUGUGGCAAAUGAGUAAAUUUUUGGAAACU